GCCGGAGGGCUCCGCCGGGAACGCGGACUGGAGGCUCUGGGCCGAAACCUGGGCCCGAUGGGACCCCAACCAGGCCACGAAGGCCGAGCUCUUGCAACUGCUCGCUGCCGGCGAAGAUGCAGAGCUGCGGCGGGUGCUUGGGAGCCGCCUGGAGUUCGGCACCGCAGGCCUGCGCGGUCCCAUGGGCAUGGGAAGCUGUCGCAUGAACGAUCUCGUUGUUCUGCAAACAACCCAAGGUGUCUGCGCAUACCUCAAGGAGGUGGCUGAUAGCGAUGCCAAGCAGCGGGGGGUAUGCAUCGGUUUUGACCACCGGGCGGGAGGUGGCUGCAACUCCAGAAGUUUCGCCGAGUGUGCUGCGCGCGUUUUCUUGGAAGAAGGCUUUACGGUGUACCUCUACCGCGACUUCGUUGCCACUCCGAUGGUGCCCUGGUGCAUGGAGCAGCGGAGAUGUGUCGCCGGAAUUAUGAUCACAGCCUCCCACAAUCCCAAAGCGGAUAACGGCUACAAGCUUUACUGGAGCAAUGCUGCGCAGAUCAUUCCGCCUCACGAUGCGAAGAUCGCAGCUCUGAUUGAAGAGAACCUGGCGCCCUGGCCCUGCGGCGUCACCUCGGCACGGCUUCGCGCGCCAAAGCCCGGGAUAUAG